UUGUUGAUGUAAUGGGGAAAAUAUGCACAUUUUAUCUUAUUUAUCGGGCGAUAUCUAGUUUUUGAGCACCGGUUGCGGAACGUUUUGCUUUGCUGAUGCUAUAAAUAAUUAAACGAGACGCAAAAUGGCCAACACAGGCGUACUACCCUUCGUCCGUGGGGUGGAUUUCACCCGGAACGAUUUUAGUGGGGACAAAUUUCCCGAGGCAGUGAGCUCCAUGACUGGUGUGCAAUGGCUAAAAUUAGACAGGACUAAUUUAAACGAGAUACCGAAGGAAAUGGGUAAUUUAAUGAAGCUCGAGCACCUGUCCCUUACACGAAACAACUUGGAGAAGCUCUAUGGGGAACUGACUGAGUUAAAUUGUUUACGUAGCCUCAACUUAAGACAUAAUAAGGUUAAGAGUUCCGGUAUUCCGCCUGAACUGUUUCAUUUAGAUGAGCUUAGCACCUUAGACUUAAGUCACAAUAAUUUAAAGGAGGUGCCUGAAGGCUUAGAUAAAGCCAAAUCACUACUAGUCUUAAACUUGAGUAAAAAUCAUAUCGACACAAUUCCCAACUCACUAUUCAUAAACCUGACUGAUUUGCUAUUUUUGGACCUGAGCGACAACAAUUUGGAAACCUUGCCCCCACAAACAAGACGUCUGGCCAACUUGCAGACGCUCAUUUUGAACAACAACCCCAUGGGGCACUUUCAGUUGAGACAGUUACCUUCUUUGGUCAACUUGGAGACCUUGCACCUGAGGAACACCCAGCGAAACCUGAACAACUUCCCCAUGAACUUGGAGAACUUAACUCUGUUGUCGGACGUCGACUUAGCCCAGAACAACUUACCCAAAGUGCCUGAUGCUCUGUAUUCCUUGCCCAACUUGAAGAGACUGAAUUUGAGUGAGAACGAAAUUACUGAACUGUCAACAGCUGUUGAGUCUUGGCAGAAAUUGGAGACCUUAAAUCUGUCGCACAAUCAGUUGACGGCCUUGCCGGCGAAUUUGUGCAAAUUGGGCACGUUGAGGAGGUUGUAUGUGAAUGACAACAAGUUAGAUUUCGAAGGUAUACCCUCAGGUAUCGGCAAGUUGGGGUGCUUGGAGAUAUUUUCGGCUUCCAACAAUCAACUGGAGAUGAUCCCUGAAGGACUAUGCAGAUGUGGCUCGUUGAAAAAACUGAACUUGAGCUCAAACAAGCUGAUAACACUGCCCGAUGCAAUCCACCUAUUGACUGAUUUGGAUGCUCUGGAUCUGAGGAACAAUCCGGACUUGACAAUGCCACCAAAGCCGUCCGAAAUGACCAGGGGGGCCGGGCUGGAGUUCUACAACAUCGACUUUUCGCUGCAGAAUCAGUUGAGGUUGGCCGGGGCCAACGUUCCUGCACCCACACCAGCACAAAACGCCAGUAAAGAUCCGAUUGCGCGUAAGCUGAGGCUGAGGAGGGGACGCAGGGACCACGAGGAGGCUGACCAGGAUCAGGCGAAAAUAUUAAAAGGCAUGAAAGACAUUGCCAAGGACAAAAACAACAGCCUGAAAGAGGACGACGCCAAGGCGGAAUCGCUCAAGCCCAAACGUUGGGACGAGACAUUGGAAAAGCCCCCGCUGGACUACUCCGAGUUUUUCGAAGAAGACGAGGGCCAAACUGAAGGUUUAACCGUUUGGGAGAUCGAAAAUUUCUUGCCCAACCGCAUCGACGACAUAGCCCACGGCAAAUUCUACGAGGGGGACUGCUAUAUUGUUCUGAAAACUGAGUUCGACAACAACCAGUCAGUGUCCUGGAAGAUCUACUUCUGGAUCGGUGCUAAAGCUUCAUUGGAUAAAAAGGCUUGUUCGGCCAUCCAUGCAGUUAAUCUAAGGAAUUACUUGGGGGCCGAGUGCCGCACCAUCCGCGAGGAGCAAGGGGACGAGUCCGAGGAGUUUCUGGAGCUGUUCGACAAGCAGAUAACCUACAUCGAAGGCGGACGUACUUGCAGCGGCUUCUUCACAGUGGAAGAAAACAAUUUCGAGACUAGAUUCUACAGAAUACACGCCGCCGGCCAGUCCAUUCAUUUGGAGCCCGUGGCCGUGUCCUCCGAAGUUCUGGACCCCAGAUACGUGUUCGUUUUGGACACGGGCAGCAAGAUUUACCUGUGGAUCGGCAAGAAGGCGAAAAUAGCCUUGAAGUCCAAGUCCAGGUUGAUGUGCGAGAAAAUCAACAAGAACGAACGCAAGAACAAGGCGGAGAUCCUGACGGAGGCCAUGGGGGCGGAAAGUGUGGAGUUCUGGACCGCCCUGGGGGAGCCUGACGGCGUCAAACCCGAGAACCCACCUCAGGAGCACGUCGACGACAAUUUUGUACCAGUACCGCCGAGGUUGUACCAAGUACAACUGGGAAUGGGCUACUUAGAGUUGCCACAAGUUGAGGUGCCCCAUGGAAAAUUGGUCAACACUUUGCUCAACAGUAAAAACGUUUACAUUCUUGAUUGUUACUUGGACGUUUUCGUUUGGAUUGGCAAAAAGUCGACUAGAUUGGUGAACGCAGCAGCCGUCAAGCUUUCGGAAGAGCUCUUUAACAUGAUCGACAGACCGGAUUAUGCCCUCGUCACACGCGUCAGAGAAGGCACCGAAAACCAGAUAUUCAAGAGCAAGUUUGUGGGCUGGGACGAAGUGAUAGCGGUGGACUUCACACGUACCGCCGAAUCGGUGCAGAAAACCGGCGCCGACCUCACCAAGUGGGCGAAGCAACAGGAGACGAAGGCCGACCUGACCGCCCUGUUCACGCCUCGUCAGCCGGUGAUGCCGUUCGCCGAGGCGCAACAAGUGAUGGAGGAGUGGAACGAGGACCUGGAGGCGAUGGAGUCGUUCGUGUUGGAGGGAAAGAAAUUCGUGCGGUUACCCGAGGACGAACUGGGUCACUUCUAUUCCAAGGAUUGUUACGUGUUUUUGUGUCGUUACUGGAUACCGGUGGACGAUGGGGAGGACGGGGAUACGGUCGACGACGCCGACGAUUUUCAGUGUGUCGUUUACUUCUGGCAGGGCAGGGAGGCGUCCAACAUGGGCUGGCUCACGUUCACGUUCACCCUCCAGAAGAAAUUCAAGGCUUUAUUUGGUGAUAAGCUUGAAGUUGUCAGGACACAUCAGCAACAAGAGAACAUGAAGUUCAUGGCGCACUUCAAACGCAAGCUGAUCAUCCAUCAGGGCAAAAGGAAGCAGAAGGAGAAGAACGCCGUCGAAUUCUACCACCUCAGAUCCAACGGCAGCGCCCUUUACACCAGAUUAAUUCAAAUAAAACCGGACGCUACCCAACUUAAUUCAGCCUUUUGUUACAUCCUGAACGUGCCUUUCGAACACGAGGACGAGGCAGGCAUCGUGUACGUGUGGAUCGGCUCAAAAGCCGACCCCGAUGAAGCCCUGCUCAUCCAGGAGAUCGCCGAGGAGUCGUUCAACAGUCCGUGGGUCAGCCUCCAGGUCCUUGCCGAGGGUGAGGAGCCGGACAACUUCUUCUGGGUCGGACUGGGAGGCAAGAAGCCCUACGAGACCAACGCCACCUUCAUGGAGUACACCAGGUUGUUCAGGUGCUCCAACGAGAAGGGCUAUUUCAUCGUUUCGGAAAAGUGCUCCGACUUUUGCCAGGACGACCUGGCCGACGACGACAUAAUGAUCCUCGACAACGGGGAGCAGGUGUUCCUGUGGCUGGGCGCCAAGUGCAGCGAGGUGGAGAUUAAGCUGGCGUACAAGUCGGCGCAGGUCUACAUACAGCACAUGAGGGUGAAGCAGCCGGACAGGCCGAGGAAGUUGUUCCUGACGCUCAAGAACAAGGAGUCGAGGCGGUUUACCAAGUGCUUCCACGGAUGGGGUGAACACAAGAAGCCGCCGGAAUAGAUGCGGAAAUGUAACGAGGCAUUGAUGCAACCACAAUAUUGAAAUUUAAUUUGUUAAAACUAUUAAUUAUUGUACAAAGUUAUAGUAAAGUCUUUUUAGUGGUGCGUUAA